AUGUCAUACUACUCCGACAGCGUGUACUCGCAAGACGGGACUGCGGAGCGACUCCCGACCCCUGGCAGAGGGGGCGACCGGUAUGGCGCGCAGCCUCAAGCGUCUGCUCGGUCGUUCCCCUCUGUCGGGGGUCAUGGUCAGUAUGCUGGACGGCCUCAAGCUGUCGCCCGUUCUCCUUCCCCCGUCGUAGGUUACGACCCGUACGCCAUUGCCGCGCAGCAGCCUUUCUCCCGGCCCCUCCCCCGCGUCAGACGUCGCGAUCAGAACGUUGGGCGCCCGCAAGCUGCCGACCGCCGAUAUGCUCCGGCCUCUUCCGCCGCUUCGCAGUCCUACUAUCAACCCAUCCCCGACCGUCAUGGCCCUGCCUCAUACGAGGGGUACGGGAACUUCCAAGGUGGUGCCUCCGGCGCGUCGCGAGACUAUGCAGGCGCGGAAGAGAUUGACAGCAGAGCCUCGAUUCGCACGGAGUACGGUCCUGGCCCGGACAGCUGUGUUAUCCCCUCUCCUCAGCCCGAGGUGACUUACGAGCAGGAGACAGCUGGCUAUAAUUUCGGAACCAACCAACACGCUGCCAUGUCCCACCCUACCCGCCGGGUGCCCUUUGACGAGCAAGGAUCUUCUCCUCUUCAGUUUGAGGCUUUUCAACAUGAGGAGCCAUACCCAGACGGCAGUUACGAAGACCAAGGCAGAAGUUUCGGUGGUCGAUCUGCCCGAGGACCAUUGACGCAUUCUCCUCUGACGUCCCACCCUACCCGACGCAUGACCUCCCACGAGCAAGCAACAUCUCCUCUUCAGAAUGAGGCUCUUCAAGAUCAAAGCGGAAGUCUUGGUAGUCGAUCUGUCCGAGGACCACUGCCGCAUAUUCCUCUGAUUCCGUCUGUCCGGCUCGCCAGCCUGCCAAAGUUUCCCACGCCCCCCGGUCCUGUUGUCCAGCCCUUCGGAGCUGGUGGUACAGGUGGAAUCCCGCUCACGCUCCCGCGAAAGCACGAGUACACAGUGAGAAAUGUCAGCGAUCCUAGCUCGGUCGUAAAAGUGACCAAUGUCCAGGCCACAGGGGAACCGGCAGGACCGGCACUUGGGGAUCUCGCAGAAAUCAGCGGUCUUGCCGAGAAAGUCAUCAGCGCUCUUGACAACGAUAGUAGCUUUGGUACCUUCGGCAACAAAGUCAAGCAAUGGUUGGGAGACGUGCCUAGCUUCGUUGAUUGUUUUCAAGAUGUCGUUGAAAAGACUAAGAGUGCCGAAAAGUCGCUGAAGCACGACGAGAACUACUACGCCAACCUUGAAGAUUUCCGAAUCCGCUCCAUGUCCAAUUCAGCAUUCGAAGCACUGCUGGAUAUGAUGAGGAAGGUCGAGGUCGUCAUCGGCGACGACAAGUCUUUGGCCCGUAAGACGCGAUCAAAGAUCAUCAAAGGCCUCGGCGAGUUACACUAUUCGUUGGAGAGAUUGACGGCGAAGAUCGAGGGUAUAUUAGGGGAGGAGGUCCAGAAGUCGAGAUAUGUGUUGAACAAGAUCAAGGCGUGCCGGCAGAAUCUGAAGGUACAAAACCAAUGA